AUGGCCUCAAAUAGCUCAACAGGCUUGAAGAAGGCGGUGCAUUUUGGUGCCGGCAACAUCGGCCGUGGCUUUGUGGCUUGCUUUCUCCACAAUUCUGGCUACGAGGUUAUCUUCGCCGAUGUGUCUGACAAUAUCGUCGACCAGCUGAACACCAGCAAGUCGUACAGGGUCAUUGAGGUUGGUGUCGAUGGCACGUCAGAGAACACAAUCACAAACUAUCGUGCCAUCAACUCCAGAAGCCACGAGAACGACUUGAUACAGGAAAUUUCGACGGCCGACGUCGUCACUUGCUCUGUGGGUCCCAACAUCCUGCGCUUUAUCGCCCCGGUGAUUGCCAAGGGUAUCGACCAGCGGUCUGCAGACCUGCAACCCCUGGCUGUGAUUGCCUGUGAGAACGCCAUCGGUGCCACCGACACUCUGGCCGACUUUAUCUGCGAAUGCACCCCAGAAGACCGGCUGGCCGAUCACAACACGCGCGCCCGGUACGCAAACUCGGCCAUUGACCGGAUUGUGCCAGCCCAGGACCCCAAUGCCGGCUUGGACGUCACACUGGAGAAGUUCUACGAGUGGGUGGUCGACCGCACACCUUUUGCGGAUGUGACGGCGCCCCCCAUCAACGGCGUGCAGUGGGUCGACAACCUGGAGCCAUACAUCGAGCGUAAGCUCUACACGGUCAACACCGGCCACGCGACCGCGGCCUACCACGGCUACAACCUCAAGAAGCGGACCGUCUACGAUGCCCUGCAGGACCGCCACAUUCAGCACCACGUGCGCCGUGCGCUGCAGGAGACGGCCUACCUAAUCACCACCAAGCACGCUAUCGAUGCCGAAGCACAGGACGCUUAUGUCCGCAAGAUCGUGGCUCGCAUUAGCAACCCGCAUCUGGAAGACGUCGUUGAGCGUGUUGGCCGCGCGCCCAUGCGCAAGCUUUCGCGCAAAGAACGUUUCAUCGGCCCGGCUGCCCAGCUGGCAGAGAACGGCCACAAAUGCUCGUCGCUGCUGGAGGCGGCCGAGAUGGCUUUCCGUUUCCAGAAUGUCGAGGGCGAUGAAGAAUCGUUUGAGCUGGGCAAGAUCAUGGCCAGCGAACAGCCCGAGGACGUUGUCCGCAAGGUCUGUGGCCUGACCGACAGCGAUAAACUGUUCCCUCGCGUCGUAGAGAUCGUCGCCCGGGUUCAGGCCGAUUCCCAGGAUGACUGA